AUGGCCGAUAAACUGCUGAAAGAUUAUGCGGCACCAUGUGCACGAGGGGUCCAAUCCAAUAUCACCCGACCAUCCAUCGAUGCUGACAACUUUGAGAUCAAGCCCGCAGUGAAUGAGGUUCCUCCAGAAUCGGUGAGACUGCUUCUUUUCAUAUUUUCUCUGAAAGACGGGGCCAAGCAGUGGCUGAAUUCUCUACCAGCAAAUAACAUAUCGUCUUGGGAGCAAUGUGAGCAAAAAUUCUUAGACAAGUUCUACCCCCUGAGCAAGACUGCCCACAUGAGGAACUUGAUUGCCAGCUUCAAGCAGAUAGACUCAGAAUCCCUAUUUGAAGCCUGGACCGAUUUAAGAGCAUGCAGAGACAAAAAUCAGAUGAAGGCGUUAGGAAAAUUCGAGGUGGAUGCAUUCACACUCAUGUCUGCGAAGUUGGACGCCCUGACUAAGAAAUUUAAAGCCAUGGGUAGCAACACAGUUAAUGCAAUAGUUUGUGCUUGCGACAUCUACGGAAGUGUGGACCACGCUCAAGACACUUGCCCCCUUGGGCCAAUGCAGGCACAGAUAAAUCAACUUGAGCAAUGCGAUGCAAUAACAGGACCAGGGCCAACACAUCAGACCUACCAACCUGAACAGCAGACUCAUCAACAACAGCAACCUACACAGCUGUCUAGGAUUGAAAAGAUGCUUGAGAAAGCUCUCUCGGAGCAAAAGGAGAUGAGGAGCGAGAUCAAACAACUGACUCAGAGGCUGGAGAACUCAGAAAAACACCAGAAGAUGCAAGACAGCUAG